GCCGUCGGCUAGCCGUGGUGUGCUGUAGCGGCUGUGGUGUAGGGCCUGGUGUCGGAGAUUUUCUGCUGGACUCGUCAGAAUGAGGGCUCCUCCUGUCGAGGCCGAUGACUUCAUUGCUCAUCCGUCCGAUAGAAUCCUGUUUUGGACACAAAGGGUUCUGGAGAUAUCUGCCGUUUAUAAGUGCCCAUCUCGGAGUCCCUAGGACCCUUAAGAUGCAUCUCAUCGUUCAACUUCUCUAGAAAGCAACCUGAUCAGCAAGACCCUGAACCCAUCUCUUCCUACAACACCUCACGGCUACUCCCACCACAACAAACACCCACAAUGUCUUCCCGAAGCGGCUCAGAGACCAAGAAGCCCAAGCGCCAGCCAAAGCCCCAGGUCUACGAGUCUGAGGGUGAGGAGUCUGAGGACUAUGCUCCUCCCCCACGGAGACGCGGAAAGCGCCAGCAACAGCAGGGCGGCGGUGGUCCCCUUGACAGCCUUGCCCUCGACAGCGUCGGACAGACAGCAGGCGGCCUUGUCAACGGUGCAACCGGUGUGCUAGGUGGUGUAGCUGGCGGCGCCGUCAACCAACAAGGCGGUGGUGGCGGCGGCAAGAGCGACACUUUGAGGCUUCGUCUUGACCUCAACCUCGACAUUGAGAUUACUCUCAAGGCAAAGAUCCAUGGUGAUCUUGAGCUUGCUCUCUUGAGAGACAUAAGCAAGACACGCCCUCCCAUGUGGAGGACGAUCAGCAGGCUGUUUGCCUAGACAGAUGCUCGAUGAGAUGACCAUGAUGGUGGAUGAUGCGCCUCCGCUUGAUAGCACACUGUUACACGUCAACUGCAAGACAGAGACAUGGGGCUAAUUCCUUAGGAACUGAAGCAACUAAACUUUCCGGUUCCAAGCUCUCGUGAGCUUUUUCUCAUCUCGUGUGCAUUUGAGGGCUGGGUGAGGGUAUCUCAUGUCGGGCGGCGAAUGGAGUAGUUGUUUUCUUAAUGAUGGGUUUUUUUCUGGUCUUUAGUCUUUUGUAUACUAUCUUUAUCCUAAUAAUUGUAUUAGAUAUGCUUCGGGACACUGUUGUGGUUGUUGUUCUAUUUUGCUGUAUUUUAUCUCUGUGUGAAGUUUGGCGAAGCUUUUGCCUAGUAUGGCGCCGAUAGCAUGGCCAGUGCUUAAUGGCACGUUACACAGGGGCCCGGAUCGAUUUCAG